AUGCAAUAUCAGAAAGAAGGUCGCUCGACAAUGUCGUGCACAGAAUGCCAGCGACGGAAGCAAAAAUGCUCCCGCGAGUGGCCUUGCAAUCACUGUCAGGCACGCAAGGUCGCUCACCUGUGUCAGUUCGGCGUGAAGAAGGCACAAGAAGAGUCGCCAACAGAGUCCAUCCGUGAGACACCGAGCGAGGUUCGAGGCCAGAAGAGAAGUUUCCAAAGCCAAGAGUCAUUCGAAUCGUCGGGUGCGUCUUCGGGCCAAAGCGAAGAGCCCGAAGAUGGUCUGAAAGUAUGGGGAUAUAUGCCUGGACAUAUACAUUACAAGAUUGGCACUGUCGAGGAUGGGAGCCGACGACAGAGUGCAUCGUCUGACGCAGCAAAUUCCUAUGAAGUCGACAAAGUCAUGUACGCCAUACCGCCUAGAUCGAUCACUGAUGGUUUCAUCAAAUACUUCCUCAGAGUUGUGAACUAUCGAUAUAGCGCCAUAUACGGACCAACUUUCACCGACAACUAUGUUCAAUGGUGGACUGAUCGAACUAACGGCAAGAGGCUCCCACCAGAGUUUACAUGUUUGUUACUAAGAAUUUGCGCAUACACUGUGCAAUACCUUCCCUCAUCGUUGCGGAAUAUGGCCGAGUUUGAGCUGGCAUGCGACUCGCAAGGAUUGAUUGACCGUUUUGCAUCCGCUGCGGAGCAACUUAGCCAAAGUUUCGAGGCUUCGAACACAUGCAUCGAGCGUGUCCAAGAACAAUUCCUGAAAGGUGCUUGGCUAAAGUCCGAAUCAAAGAUCGUUGAAUCAUGGCAUACGCUGAGUUCCACGAUCCGAGCAGCACAAGAGCUAGGUAUCGACAGAGACGCCAACGUCGAGGAUCUGUCCGAAUUUGAUAUUGAAAUUCGGCGGCGAAUCUGGACACUGCUCUACAUCUGGGACUGGCAAAUGUCUUCUUGGCUGGGCAGACCAAAUCUUAUUGACCAGAAGAAUCUGACCUUCAUAUUCCCGACGCUCCGACUGGAUCAAUCCGCGACGGAGCCAAACCUACUUUCGCCGUUUGCUCACAUGGCCCUGCAAGCUCAUCUUGGUCGACGGGUGGCAACUGCCAUAGGCGAUGCGGAGUCUGGCAAUGAAUUGUCAGCUGAGCAGGUGCUCGCCGUAGAAGCUGAGUGCGAAAGGUUCAUAGAGGAGUUGCCACCAAUCUUCAAGGUCAAGGACCCCGAUACCUCCCUCGACGCACAGCACUCGUAUUUCAUCUUCCAACGGUCUCAGCUGCAUUGCGUCAUCUAUGUGACAAUGCUCCACUUUCUAAAACCGUAUCUCACCAGAACUCGAGACGAAACAACGACCGAUCAAGACGAUGAGUUCAGAAGAAUGGGCGUCAACAUAGCUCUGCUGGCCCUGGGAGUUGCGCAGGAGCUUUUCAACUACGAAUUUCCCAUCAACGCCAAAUUUCACAUGGUAGUAUUCUCUAUUUUUGACACUGCCACGAUUCUAUGCUCAGCCAUCAUCCACGACCGCGGCUGCGUCCUACCCCGUCGCGACGACAUCAUGAAUAUUAUCGAGAGCUCACUCGACAUGCUGUACCAGCUAAGUCUCACAACAAAACUUGGCGCAGCAUCGUACAACUUUCUUUAUAAACUUGUGCAGGCCACGCCCGAGCUCCGGUCUUUACCGUGCUGCAAACGUCGCAAACGAAGCUCUCCAUCUAUGCUUCAAUCAUCACCUCCAAUAUGUACGCCUCCAGUCGCCCUGCCAGCCGCUCCGACAGAAACCACUGCAAUCCCUGCGACUAUCAACAAAAGUUCGUUGUCGUCUGGGACUCAUCCACAAAUUGGCGAGCGAGAUCCAUUGCCGUCGAUGACCACUACGGACGAUCUAUGCUUUGAUUUGGAUCAAUUCUUGGCUCAAAACCCUUUUGGAGCCUUUGGGAAUCAGUCCGCUCUCGACAUGGGCGGAAUGGAACAGAUUUGGGACUGGGAGAACCUGAACCUCGACGGACAAGUUGAGCAAGGAAUCUCACAAUGA